AUGAAAAUGGUGUUAUCUCAGAGGCAGAGGGAGGAGUUAAACAAAGCUAUAGCCGAUUACUUAAGUAGCAAUGGAUACAUGGACGCUCUUCAAGCAUUUAAAAAAGACGCGGAUAUGCCUGGAGAAGUGGAGCACAAAUACGGAGGACUAUUGGAAAAAAAAUGGACAUCCGUUAUACGUCUCCAAAAAAAAGUCAUGGAAUUAGAAUCGAAAUUAUCGGCAGCUGAAAAAGAAAUAAUCGAAGCUCCAACGAGAGGGAAAAGAACUCCUUCCGAAUGGAUUCCUAGGCCUCCUGAAAAAUUUUGUCUAUCCGGUCAUAGAUUUCCAUUGACUAGGGUGAUUUUUCAUCCGGUGUUUAGUUUAAUGGUGUCUGCUAGCGAGGAUGCUACAAUGAAGGUCUGGGAUUACGAAACCGGUGAAUACGAACGAGUUCUAAAGGGACACAUGAACGCAGUUCAAGACAUUGCUUUUGAUCAGACUGGAAAACUUUUAGUAUCCUGUAGCGCCGAUUUAUCAAUCAAAAUAUGGAACUUUCAACAGGAUUACGAAUGUAUAAAAACACUUCACGGACACGAUCAUAACGUGUCGAGCGUAGCCUUUAUGCCCGGAGGCGAUUACAUUGUUUCCGGUUCAAGAGACAAAACAAUUAAAAUGUGGGAAGUCGCUUCGGGAUAUUGCAUUAAAACGUUUACGGGACAUCGCGAGUGGGUGAGAAUGGUGAGGCCGUCUCCGGAUGGAACUUACAUAGCAUCAUGUUCAAAUGAUCAAACAAUACGAAUUUGGAUUGCGUCCACGAAGGAAUGCAAAUUGGAAUUGAGAGAACACGAUCACGUUGUAGAAUGCAUAGCUUGGGCACCCGAAAGUGCAACCUCGGCUAUCAAUGAAGCUGCCGGAUCUGAUAAUAGAAGAGGAGCUCAAAAAGGACCAUUUUUGGUUUCAGGCUCACGUGACAAAACACUAAAAGUAUGGGACAUCAGUACCGGCGUAUGUUUAUUUACUUUUGUCGGUCACGAUAAUUGGGUGCGGGGAGUCGUUUUCCAUCCGGGUGGAAAAUAUAUAAUCAGUGCUAGCGACGAUAAAACUCUGCGAGUAUGGGAUAUUCGCAAUAUUAGAUGUUUUAAAAAACUCGAAGCCCAUCCUCACUUUUGUACUUGCUUAGAUUUCCAUAAAAGUCAACCAUAUGCAAUCACCGGUAGCGUCGACAACACCGUAAAAGUUUGGGAAUGUCGUUAA